AUGACGUGGAUGACUAAUCAAUGUUCCAAGGGAUGGCACUUUGAAUACCAUCUACAGAACCGCAUGAAGGUCUCGACAUCCAAAAGUUUAGUUUCGGUGGCUUUGUGCUUCUAUGGUCAAAAACUAUUCCAAUGCGGCAUGGGGGAAGUGCUCCGCCCACUGUAUUAUCAACAUCGGGUGGGUGAGACCCGCGGGCUGAAACUCGUUAGCCACACCGAGUUUAUUCAAGAGCUGACUAUUGCGACUAAACGCCGAAGGAGGGACUUUGAACUUCAACGUUUAGCACGGUGGUACAGCAAUGGUGGCAGGAUGAAAGCAUCUAGAGAAAAAUCUGAAGCCACGGUUAGGCAUCUAGAGGAAGCGAUUCUGAGCUUAGAAAGGAGAAAGUCUUUGAAGCCAAACCACUACGACUACACAGACAACGAAAGGUCAUUCUUCCUGGCUCCAUUUGGCUUGAAAUAA